AUGAAGGUGAUAGAUAAAAUUCAAGGAUCUGAUCCGAACAGAGUAGUUUUCUCGUUCGAGUUUUUUCCGCCGAAAACCGAAGAUGGAGUUGAUAAUUUGUUUGAGAGAAUGGACAGAAUGGUGGCUCAUAAUCCUUCAUUUUGUGAUAUUACUUGGGGGGCUGGAGGAACGACUGCUGAUCUGACGUUGGAAAUUGCCAACAAGAUGCAGAAUAUUAUAUGUGUUGAGACUAUGAUGCAUCUUACUUGCACUAAUAUGCCUGUGGAUAAGAUUGAUCAUGCUCUUGAGACUAUUAAGAGUAAUGGGAUUCAGAAUGUGCUUGCUCUUCGUGGAGAUCCGCCUCAUGGGCAGGAGAAGUUCGUUCAGACUGAAGGUGGAUUUGCUUGCGCCCGUGAUUUGGUAAAACAUAUCAAAUCCAAAUACGGUGACUACUUUGGCAUUACUGUUGCUGGUUAUCCAGAGGCACAUCCAGAUGUUAUAGGAAAUGAUGGGUUGGCUCCACCAGAAGGUUAUCAAAAUGAUCUUGCUUACUUGAAGAGCAAGGUUGAUGCUGGAGCCGAUUUGAUUGUCACCCAGUUAUUUUAUGACACUGAUAUAUUCCUCAAAUUUGUGAACGAUUGUCGCCAAAUUGGAAUAACCUGUCCUAUUGUGCCUGGAAUUAUGCCCAUUAACAAUUACAAGGGCUUUAUCCGCAUGACUGGUUUUUGUAAAACAAAGAUACCUGCUGAGAUAAUGGCUGCUUUAGAGCCAAUCAAGGACAAUGAAGAAGCUGUCAAGGCUUAUGGAAUACACCUGGGAAUUGAAAUGUGCAAAAAAAUUAUGGCUCAUGGAAUUAAGACAGUGCAUCUUUACACGCUAAAUAUGGAGAAAUCGGCAUUGGCGAUACUAAUGGGCCUUGGCUUAAUUGAAGAAUCCAAAAUUUCUAGAUCCUUACCUUGGAGACGCCCUACAAAUGUUUUCCGUAUUAAAGAAGAUGUUCGCCCAAUCUUUUGGGCAAAUCGUCCAAAAAGCUACAUAUCCAGGACCAUAGGAUGGGAUCAAUACCCACAUGGGCGUUGGGGUGAUUCCGGUAACCCUUCAUAUGGCGCAUUAACUGACUAUCAGUUUUUGCGGCCACGUGCAAAGGACAAGAAGCUUAUUGAAGAAUGGGCAGUUCCCUUGAAAAGCGUUGAAGAUAUUUAUGAGAGAUUCAGAAUGUUUUGCCUGGGAAAGUUGAGAACCAAUCCUUGGUCAGAACUUGAUGGUCUUCAGCCAGAGACAAAGAUCAUAAAUGAGCACCUGGAGAAGAUUAACACGAAGGGAUUCCUUACCAUUAAUAGCCAGCCAGCAGUCAAUGGGGAAAAGUCAGACUCUCCUACUGUAGGCUGGGGUGCACCUGGUGGGUAUGUUUACCAGAAGGCAUACUUAGAGUUCUUCUGCUCUGAGGAAAAACUGGAUGCACUUAUCGAGAAAUGCAAGGAUCGCCCAUUCCUAACUUAUAUGGCUGUGAACAAAAAGGGGGUUUGGAAAUCUAAUGUGGGCCAAACCGAUGUGAAUGCUGUGACAUGGGGGGUCUUCUCAGCUAAGGAAAUAUCCCAACCAACCGUUGUAGAUCCUGUGAGCUUCCACUCAUGGAAGGAUGAGGCAUUUGAAAGUUGGUAUAGAGGAUGGGCAAGCUUGUACCCUGAGGCCGACGCAUCCAGGAAAUUAGUUGAAGAGGUGGGAAGCAGCUACUUCUUGGUCAGUUUGGUGGACAAUGACUACGUCAAUGGUGAUAUUUUUGGUGUGUUUGCUGAUUUCUGA